CUCCAAACUACCGUACAUCGAGUAACGCCAACCCCGGCAGAGCUGAGUUCCCCGUUCAUUCUCCGAUUACUUCAAUAUUCGAGACUCAUCACAAGCAUGUCAGACCAAGCCCGAGAUGAUGCUCGGGAAUCCUCUACGCGCAGAGGAAUACCUCACAAGCGACCACGCAAGCGGCUAAGCUGCGAACCCUGCAGGAUUAGCAAACUCCGGUGCGAUCGACAGCAGCCCUGCUCUGCAUGCAAACGGCGAGAAUGCGAAUCUACGUGCACCUUUCGGCGAUCCCGCGACAUAACUGCAAACAACAUCGUCAUCCCGGAAAAUGUAUCUGCAUCUCCCGUCCGUGAUUCUUCUGCUUGUCUACCACCAGAACCAGCUGUUACUGCCCCUGCUGUUGCAACAGCAGCAGCAAAUACAGCACAUCAUGGCCCUUCUUCCAUCCCGUCGACUUUUCACGGCCCCUUGAGUGGUAUACCCUCACCCCACGGUGAACCUUUAUCCUCUAUUGCUUCUUGGGACGCGGUCCUUGAACGACCCGCUAUUGGCCGAGAUAACUGCACUCCUGGAGUGAGAGCUGAUCCCUUUGUCUCCUUCAUCUUUGGGUCAAAAGUGCCCACAAGUGAGCUUCUAGCCACGUUGCCAUCCAAAACCACUCGCGAGUUUCUCAUCUCGAGAUACUUUACAUACCAAGCCCCAUUAUUCCACGUCCUCCAUGGCCCUACCUUUCAACAGCAAUAUACGGAGUUCACCCGGGACUCAGCACACACUUCGUUAUCUUGGCUAGCGUUACUCUUCGUCAUAUGCUCUUUAGCUGUGCAGACACUAGGAGAUGGCGACCCGGUCCUACGGGACUACCAGUCGUCAGGGCCUGGUGCUGACGCUUGCGACCCGUUGUUUGUUUCUCGCCACCUCCGUAGCGCUGCCCUUGCUUGCCUUUCACAGGCCAGCUUCAUGGUCCGAUAUAACCUCAAUACGCUCGAGGCUUUGUUGAUUAUGUCAUAUGGAAUAUGUCACAGCGAAGGAGUUGACCGCGCCUGGGCUUUUCUUGGUGUCGCCCUAAACAUAGGCAUUGCAUUGCGUUGUAAUGCCGACCGUCCGGACCGGAACUUUAUCGAACAGCAGAGGUGUUGGCGAUGUUGGGCCGGGGUUCGAUUGCUCUACACAUACCAAGGAAUCCUUUUCCGCGAUGUCGAUCCCUCAUUCCUCCUUAGCUUUCCUUCUCCUAUGCCCGCAGAGGUCAACGAUUCCGACAUACAUUCGGAUACUGUUCAAGAACCUUCAAGUUACCCAACUGGUAUGUCUCUCAUGAAAUUCAAACUUCGCCUUUUUGAGCUAUCAACUCGAAUCUGCAGCAUUCUUUCUGGGUCUUCUAUUUUCGACGAAAGUGCCAUGAACCACUACGGCGCCUUAAUCGCAACCGAACAACAGCAGUGGGCUUCCGUAUUUCUUCCUUCUGGAUCUCCCAGCCUCCUUGAUACAGCAGGUUAUGCAUAUUGGUGUAUACUCGAGACCUACGCUCAUCAGCUCUAUCUUCUGAUCCACCGGCCUUUUUAUCAUUCCCAAUCUCCACAAUAUCUUGUAUCCAGUAGGAAAAGAUAUGCCGCGUCGAGUUUAGCCUUACUAGAUAUCUACGAAAAGUUGUGUGAGCUUCCGACGUUGCGGCCUUGGCGAUGGCUGGUGAACGGUAUGACAAGUUUCAAUGCACUACAAGGAGUAGUUGCGCUCGCGGCUUGCAUGAUGGACAAGCCUGGACAAGGGGAUGACACAGCUUCUCAUAGAGCCAUCUUCAGUGCUGCUGUUCAGCGUAUUGAGUCGCUGCAAAGAUCUAGUCCUGUUUGUGAAAGAGCAUACCCGGCGAUUCAGGCUAUACAGACACAAAUAUUUAUGAUGGCCAAUGAAGAAGGCCAUGCUUCGUCUCAAGAAUGGGAUCUGAGUGCGGAUUGGCUUGACUUGAAUUCCAUUAGCUGGGGUUUCUGGGACAACAUUGUCGAUGAUUUUAACUACGGUCCUCGGGAAUAGUUCAAUUAGUGAUGACUAGAUUGACUCUCGAAGUUGGCUCUCAGGACAUUACGAUCUAGUGAUGUAUCAUUCUUAGCACAUAGUUAGGUAAUGGCGGAC